UUAUUUGACAGGCCGAUUAUGGGGACAGCAGAAGAAACGAGAAGAAAAGGAAUAGAGAAAAGAAAAUCGGGAAAGAAGGACGAAUACUGGAAAUACACACCACUUGUGAAAGCCGCACUAAAAGGGGACUGGGAUGCCGCCAAUGAAUUUUUCAAAGACCAUCCAGAGGCAAUCACAGCCCCAAUCACCAGAGAACUAGAGUCAGCACUGUACUUGGCCACCGGAGUGGGACCGAUGGCGAUCCCCUUCGUGAGGAAGUUGCUGGAGCGGAUGCCGGCGGAGGCCUUGGCACACCGCGACGAAGCCGGAAACACCCCCCUCCACCUCAGCGCGUUGGUCGAUAACACCGCGGCGGCGAAACUUUUGGUGGGGAAGAACCGGGAGUUGUUGUGCAUGAGGGAGGGCCAGGGGUGGUUACCGGUUCAUUAUGCGGCUGUUAAUAAGAAGAAAAGGGAGACGCUUGAAUAUUUGUUGAAGGCUACUGGUGAAGAUGAGGUGGCCAUGUCUAUGCUUUUCCUCUCCUCCGAAUAUGAUAAAGUACCGUCUGGUGCUGAGCUUCUCAUUGAUGUUAUAACUUCCGGAUACUAUGAUGAGUAUUCCCUCGCCGAGCUCAAGCUUGCUUUUUGUCUUCUCGCCAGAUACUGUGAUAUAGCUUUGGAUUUGGUUCAUUGGUAUCCGCAGUUGGCUCUAUCACAGACACCAAAGAACUACGAUUGUGGUUUAGGAGCAAUAGCUAGACAGGCAAAAGCAUUUCCAAGUGGGACGGACCUCAACUUUUGGGAACGUAUCGUCUAUGAUCAUGUUCCCGUGAAGUUUAAGAAUUAUGCUGAAGACUCCAGAAGAGAUGAAGAUAUUCCCGUCAAGUUUGAGAAUUAUGCUGAAGACUCCAGUAAAGCUGAGUUUGGGAUCGAGAAUCCAGUUAACAACUCUGAACUACCGGCGCAUAAGUACUAUUGGGCUCGCUUCCUAGGUAAAAUAUUCUCCAUUUUUGGUUUGUCAGGCAAUACAGCGAGCCCAAAAUGGCAGGUGCAGCUUUGGAAAUGCUCUGAAUUAGGUAAUGAACAGGCAAAGCAUCAGCAAGCACUUCAACUAGUCAGAUACCUCAUUAAAGUAAUGUUGACUUUGAAUGACUUAAACGAGUACGAUUCACUUGCGACGGAGGCGAUGAUUAGUGCAACAAGGUUAGGGAUUCACGAGGUUGUGGAAGAGAUCGUGGAAGCAGUUCCCAAACUCGCUUGGGUUCGAGAUUCAGAAGAUUAUAGCUUGUUUCAACGAGCGGUGAUACAACGUCAUGAAAGUAUUUUCAACCUCAUAUAUCAGAUGAGUCACCAUAGACGUUGUCAAACAUUGCUUAUGGACAAGUCUCAGAACACUAUUCUGCACUUAGCUGGAAAAUUGGCACCUCCAGAUAAACUCCAGUCGGUUAAUGGUGCAGCUCUACAAAUGCAGCGCGAGUUUCAAUGGUACAAGGAAGUGAAGAAACAUGUGAAACCCAAUAAAGAAACACCAGCAAUGGUAUUUACAAGAGAACAUGAGAAGUUAGUAGAUGAAGGUCGGAAAUGGAUGAAAGGCACAGCAGAUUCAUGCACCAUUUCAGCAGCGCUUAUUGUCACUGUGGCAUUUGCAGCUAUAAUUGCUGUUCCUGGAGGCAAUAAUGACUAUGGCCUUCCAAAUUUCUCCAAAGAAUGGGCAUUCACUGUCUUUGUCAUUUCAGAUGCACUUUCUCUCUUCACAUCCGCCACUUCUCUUCUGUUGUUUUUGUCCAUCUUGACAACGCGCUAUGCAGAAAGUGAUUUUCGCGAUGUUCUUCCAAGGCAACUGAUAUAUGGGCUGGUUACUCUGUUCCUCUCAAUAACAACCAUGAUCAUGGCCUUCAGUGUUUCAUUGUAUCUCGUGUUAGGUCACAAAAAGGCAUGGAUACUUGUUCCAGUGGCUGCAUUAGCCUUUCUGCCCAUUAGCUCUUUUGUGUCUCUUCAAUUUCCUCUCCUUGUCGAUCUCAUCUCUUCAGCAUAUGGCAGCAUUUUCGGCCCGAAAAGUGGUAGUAAACAGUUCUUUUGAGAUCAGCAUAGUAAUGAAGAAUUCCAAGCAUAUACCAUCUUCUGAUGAUAUAAUAAGGAAUCAUCAACAACUAGUGUUCUACCCGUGCUUUUUUUUUUUUAAAGAUUGUUGUGAAUAAACCUCAUUUUGGAGGCUGUUUAUGAGUAGCUUUCGGCGGGUUAAUUCCUACCAAAUGUGAGGCUGUUUAUGAGCCGUGUGUGGACAGCUGAGAUGAUCUCAGCCAGCUAUAUGUAUGUGUUUGUAUAUCAGUUGUAAGUGUCGGAGUUGAGUGAGCAAAAG